AUGGCGUUUUUGUAUUUUUUCCCAGUAGUAAUCGUGGCCAUCUUUGCCUACCUGCUACAAAUCUAUCUAUCUAAGCAGAAACCUAUCAGCCGCAGUACCAUCCCGUGGGCAAAUCAACCUCAGCAGAAGAAAGUCCCAGAUGCAGACUACUCAAAGAUAUUGCCACCCUCGCAGCGACAUGUUCUUCCCAAACUCAUCCCUGCCGCUCAAUCUCAUAUCGUAAAUUUAUCCACACUGGAUAAGUCACUAUUAAAGCUGGGAUCAGACUAUCGCCUUGCAAGCCCGUCAACAAGUGUAUACAGCGGUUUUACGGUUGGCGAUGUUAGAUCGCUUGGCACAUUCCCCAACUAUGCAGUGCUAUCGGGCGUUCCAGCGCCAACUCCCCUUCGGAACUUCGACAUUGAUGCCGCCCGACCGAGACCGUAUCGACCGUUUCGAUGGCCCUACCAUCAAACCAUGUCAUAUAAAAAGCUUGACCCAGAUUAUUGGCUUGAGCUGGAGAGUACCUACAGGCAGCGUAUAGCCCAGCGUCGAGACCUUUACGAAAAACAUGGAAAAGAUAUACUACAGGCUUUGCCAGGCUCUGAGCUUGCAUGUAAGGAGCUUAUGGAGAUGGCUCUGCAAUUCCUCGCUGCGAGAUAUCCACAACAAUUCGAAAUCAGGGACAAUGUUUUUGUGAACCACAUCCUCAAUACCACUCACGAUUUGGCAGUUGGUGAGCCGCUGCAUAUUCUACUACACAAUAUACCAGAAGACUUUGGAAUAACUAUGCGAGAUGAGAAAACUGGGCGCUACCAUUUGCGAGCCGGAAUGAUUUGCUCUUCCCUUGGUUGGAAGCUUGGUCAAAAGAUCGGAAUGGGCUUGCAAGGCGUACACCAAGAAGUACCUAGCUACAAGGAGAAAAUGGCUUUUAGUAUGGAUCGCUUCUUCACCAAAAUGGCUGCCCCUAGUCCUAUUCAACGAGGCUCCUGGGGUCUGGAAAUUGGUCAACCACUCUUCCUGCCCACCGACCAUCCUGACUGGAGCAAUCGAGACUCUCAAAAAGAAUCACUUCGCGAAGAAGAUAUCUACUUGCGAGUUGAUUGGCAGACUUUGCGCCGAUUACCUCUAUCAGGUGCUAUAAUAUUUAACUUCAAGGCUCUGUAUACUCCUCUUUUGGAGUUUGCGGAUGAGCCUUACAUCCCCUCUCUCGUCCUUAAGAUUUUAAACGAAGGCGAAGCGGGUAUAAUGAAAUACAAAAGCACCUGGCAUGUUGAGCAUAUUGCUAAACCAGCGCUCCAAAGGUAUGAGAAGAUGCAACUAGAGAAAGGAUUGAUAGAGAAAGACUGGGCUGUUCAAACACUUGACGAGAGUCCGUUCUUCCCUGGGUGGGAAAGGAAGCAUCCGAUAUCGUUAUAA